CUUCCUGCGAAUGGGAGUGACUGGUCGGAAGGCGGAGAGGGAAGAUGGCGGCGCCGGAGGAGCGGGAGCUGAGCCAGGAGCAGACCGAAAAACUGCUUCAGUUCCAGGUGUGCACGUAGGGCAGCAGGGCGGAGGAGGGAGUCCGUGUGCAGUGAGAGUGCGCCAUGUGCAGUGGGUGGAGGGAAGGGGGUGUAAUGGCCGCAGGAGGGCCUGGCCUAGCUUUGUAUGAAAUGCUGGCAGCCAUGACCCGGAGGAAAGGUGUGAUUUCUAAUUAAAGUGUGUGCUGCCAUCAGACAGAGGGGGGCAUGCUCUGUAUGUGCUUACGGUGCCUGUAACAUGUCCUUGCUUCCAUUAGUGAGGCUUGAAGUGGUUAUGGUAGUGCUAACUGGGGCCUGGUAGAUAGAGGGUGCAAGGUCUGUGGUCAAAAUGUCAGACUUGGGUUUUAUUGAUCUUAUCUGACAAGGGGUCUCCCCAGAUGUUUAACUUUGCAAAUACCUGAUAUUGGCAUGUCCAGAGAGCUGAGCGUGUAAGGAAAAUUGUUGCUGGACAGCAUGAUGGCCAAAAUAUAAAUUCCCCCCCCAUCUGUUGAACUACAAAUCCCUUGAUGACUUGUCAGUGUACAGGUUGGAGAAGCCACACAGAACGUAAGCUGCUGAGUCUUCCUUUUGGCCAUCCCUUGUAUACAGUGAUCACUCCAAACAGCUGUGUGCAGCCUGACUACUUACAGUGACAUGUCAUGAUUCCCUUUUAUUCCAGAAGUUUGGCAAUUAAGGGGUUAAUUGUCUAGUACUUACAUAGGUUAUAGUAGUGUUAGCUGGGGCCUGUUAUAUAGUGUACAGCACUGCUGAAUUUGUUGGCGCUAUAUUAAUAAUAAUAUAAUAGAGGGUGUAAGAUGUACAAGUUCAAAUGUGGAACUUGGGCUAAAUUAAUCAGACAUAAUGUAUGAUUAUCUGACGAGGCUUUCCAGACUUAUAACACUGCAAAAGGUUGAUAUUGUCAUGCUCAGAGAACUGAGCAUGUAAGUAAAAUUGCUGCUGUACAGCGCCUGAGUACAUACUCAGUGUACAGCAGUAAGCCUAGUUUCAUUGAAUAAUACUAUAGUGGUUUCCACACGUGCUUAAGUUGUAAAAACACGUAAAAUUUUUAAAAUAAUUUAAAAGGUGGUCUGUGAAAAGUAUGUUUAUAUGUAAUUGCAUCAAACGAGUUGAAAUAGGAAUUGCAAAUUUAGUUGGUGUGAUCUAGUACCUCAAGUUACAGUACUUGUGGCAUAGAAUACACAUGCGAUACAUAUAAAAAAUAAUAUAUAUAUAUAUAUAUAUAUAUAUAUAUAUAUAUAUAUAUAUAUAUAUAUUUAAGUUAACAAUAAAACACAUUUUUCAACAUUGUGUUGGUCUGCCAAAUGUUAUAGAACUUCAUAUUUUAGUAUGAUUGUCUCCAUAAUGUAUGCUGCCAUUUUAUUUUUUAGGGCCAUUCACUAAAAUCAGAAUUCAAAGUGAAUUUCAAAUUCAAGGUAAAAAUUGCGAACUCUUAACAUCCUGUAAGAUACAUUGGCCUUGUAUUUGAAAUUCACUUUAGUGAAAAGCCAUGUUUAUAUUUAUUGUGGUUAUGACGUUAAUACACAGGUUCGCUUCAUAGCCCGGAAAAAAAUAAGUUAAAGUUCAACAUUUCCAGCCUCGAAUGGCAACCUUAGACCUAUAAUUGAGCGAAAUGACUAUUCAUGCCAUAUUCUCUUUACACCAGUUUUCCCAUAUAUAAAGCAUCAUCCAGAUAAGUGAUUUGGCGUUCUUUUGCUAAAAGAGGGGUGCUAAAAUAUUAUCGUCUACUGUGUGCCCAUUCAUUUACAUUAUCUACAUAUCAUAUCAGUAGGUAAUUGGUUGACAAUGGAUAUGCAUUUACAGAUUUUCCUCCAAACCCCAUAGCAUUUUUCUUUUUAGAUAAUUUCCAUGCUAGUGCUUGGAAAGGUAGUACUAUCAGACAUGGUUAAAUGAUCUCUCCAAGGAACAUAACUAAAAAAGCAUAGCCAAUUCACCGCCGCUUUUAUUGUAUCGAUCUGCCAAUGAGAGUGGCCCUGCUUAGUUCAGUGGAACUAACCGGAUUCUCUUGCAAUGAAAAUCUGGAUGUGGGGCAUGUGUCUAAAGGGUGCCCUGUGGGACCCAGGUACGUUGACAAAUUACACUGCGAUGGCGCCGGGCACUCAUGACACCAUGAACACUACAGUGGCCUGUAAUGGUUAUGGUGCUUGGAGUGUUUCAGUAACAUUGGCUUCUUUUGCUAUCGUCUUGGACAACAGACUGUAAAAAAGCACGGAAUAAAAUAUAGCAUUUUUGUUGUCAAUCCUGCAAAGCCCUUUAAAUAAGAACUUUAUAAAUCAAACUUUUUACACGUCUGACUCUGUGUAUGAUUGUACCUAAGUUUGAUUCAUGCACUUUUCUUGCAAUUAAUUUUCUGUAUGAUAGUUAUUUCUCUCUGAAUCAUUACUUCUCUUUACAGCAGCCACUGCUUUUGAUUAUUUUAUGAUUACAGUGGGGGUAAUGUAAAAAGAGUAAUUCUGGUGCAAAGUUUUAAAUGUGGAGUGAUCAGCAGGGACUUCCAUUGGUUUCCAUGGUGAUUGCUCCACUUUUAGAACUUUGCCCAAGAGUUAUCCUGUAUAAACAAACACCUAACUUCUGAAGGUUCCAACAUUCCAAGCCAAUUGUAGUGGAGAUGGUUUGAGGGAAGUAACCUACUUAUUUUGUCAUUUUUUCCUUGAUUCACUAUUUUAUAAGUACGUUUACUAAAUGCAUAAUUUCAAUUUGUAAAGUUUAUAUUCUCUCAGUGGUAAACUUGUUUGAGCAGAGUCUUCAAUAACCUUUAGUUCCUGACUUAAUUAGUUUCUUACUUGAUGUUUGUAAAAAAAAAAAAAAAAUAAAAAAAAAAAAAAAAUAAAAUGCAAAGAGCUGCAUAAUAUUUAGCUUGAUAUAAAUGCCAGUGUGUUGGUUUUUGUGUUUGGUUGCCUGAUUGGCCUUCCAUAACACUGACCAAUAUUACAUUUGUGGUGUUUAAAAUAUUGCAAUAAAAUGUUGUGUUUAAUCUAAUAGGUAGCAGAAAAGGGCAUUCUUUUUUGAGGCUGUGGUGGGGAAUUUAAAAACCCCAAAAUGCUGCUCUACAGGAAUGGGCAGGAAAUAUAGAAAGGAUAGUCUUCAUAUAAAAGUAGAAUACAAAAUAGUCAAAUAAGUGCUGGGGAGCUUUAUUAACGCAAAACAGGUGUUGAUUUGGGUGCAAAGUACUAAAUGUAUUAAAUGUUUCACACCAUGCCCCAUAACAAUUUCAUCUCAAUUAAACUAUUGUAAGACACUGGUGCCAAAGGGGCUGAGCAGUCGGCUGCCAUAUAGACAAUUUAGGAUUAAUGCAUUUGAAAACUACUUAAUCCCAUUAGAUAAGAUGGUGCCAGGAACUCCAGACUUGCUAACUGAACGUUAGCUAUGGGCUCUAUGUACCUUAUCUAUGCAUUGAUUGCCAUUGAAUUAUCCUUGCACAGCAGAAGCAUAUAAUGCAAAUGUGUGAUUCCAGUUGUGCAUGAAAGCUAAUGCAUAUACUACAGCUUCCAUGAUGCUUUGUCGUUCUAAAGGCACACAAAGCAUCAUGGGAGUUGUAGUCCUAUUAGGCACUCCUGCUUUAGUCUUUAGAAGGAAUGAAUGAUUAUUCAUACACUCAUAUUCCAGUUUCCAUACAGUUACUUAACUACCUUUAAUCUUGGACAGACAGGAACAUGUUGGACCUGGUGUUGGUCUGAGAUUAGGGGCUGCUGUACUGUCUGUCAGUGUUUUAUUUAUCCUGGGUUAGCUGACCUAAAGAUAAUGGUUGGAAAAAAAUCCUAAAAUAAAAUGUAAAAGCUAUAAAUGUUUUAGCGGUUUGGCUGUCACAAUGUUUAGAUUAAAUAGCAUUUUCUAAAAAGGAAAGGUACACUUUAAUCACGGGUUUAUCAAAAACCAAGUACUGUUUUGUAGUUUUAUAACUUUUUUUUUUUUCUGUCAACUGUGUUUUCCAAGUAUAUAUAGAGAUAUUAAAAUCUGAAAAUUGUGCUAUUUUUUUUGACUAGUAGAGAAUGAAAUGCUUUGUAAACACAGGUUUAUGAUCCACAAGACCUGAGAGCAAUCCUAUUGAUUUUAAUUUCCUUCCCACAUUGUUUAAGUAAUGGGUUGUAUUGUACCACAAAGCGGGAUUGAUCUGUACAUUAAAUAAAUUUUUCAUUGUAUAUUGGUAUAUUUUGUAUAUGCCUACAUACUAAAAUGAUAAAACGCAGUGAAUUGAAAACUUGUUAUUGUUAAAUUCUGUUAACUGGGUCUUUGCCAUUCCAGACAGUAAAAAAAAAAAAAAAAAAAUUUCUGUGCCAAUUGGUAUAGAAAUUAUAAUAAUAUAAAGUGUUUAUUAUAAAAGUCAUCAUUUAUGUAAUAUAUAAAUAAUUACAUUGUGUUAUAUGAAAUGAGUGUAAUUGGAAUGUGUUUACCAUAACAUUGCUUGCUAAAUUUAGAGAGACUGUCCCAGCUCCAAUAGAGGUAGUUCCAUAAUCGCUCAUCACAGUAAACGCUACUAAAUCAUUUACUGUGCUUAUAGUGUAAUUGUGGAAGGAUGUCACAUUUGCACCUCCUGUAGCACUUACAUGUCCAGGACUAAGUCAUCGCUCUGACACCCCAGAGGCACUUUACAGGUUUAGGGAGCUGUUAGGUGUAAGACCACUUUUAAAGUGUUGAGGAACAUGAAUGUGCCACACAGAAAUUUAAGCGCUAUAAAUGCCUUGUGUUAUCUGUACGUAUUGUAUCAUGGGAUUACAUUUAUUAGGGAUCGUCCAAUGUUACUUUUUUAGCGCCGAUACCAAUUAUCGAUUGCCCUUGAGGGCUGAUAACUGGUACCAACCGACUGUACAUUUUGCAGUUUUGAAAAAACAAACACAAUUUUUACACAACUGUUAACUGAACUUGUUUUUUGUAAGUCUUUCUUUUAUUGAGUGGUAAAUGCACAAAAUAUACAGGCUAGUCAGAAUUUUAAUGUUUUCAAGAAUGUGUGUGUAAUUAUGGCGGGGGGGGUAAGGUUCUGUGGGCUAAAAACUUUUUAAAAGAUCAUUUUGUAUAAUUAUUACAAUAUUUAAUAAUAAAAAAGAACAAUUCUAAUAAUUUAAAUAUUAUUACCCCUUCCUGCCAAGGAGGGGCACAUUACACUUCAUGGUGGUCCAUUGGCUUUGUGUUGGCUGCCAUGGGGUGUUUCACAGUGAAUUGGGAGCUGCUGGGACCUAGCACACUCUCUUUUCUUUUUGGCUGGUUCUCUCUGCAACUCUUGAGGAGCUGAAGAUGGCGUGCGCUGAGCCUCCACCACCGCAUUUUAUACUUUCCAAUGCUGCACUGCUCAAUCCAACAAAGCAUUACAAGUGUUUACCAUGGUCUAGAGAAGUGAUAGAUGUGCUUUAAAAAAAAAAAUAGCUGUGACAAUUACCCUUUAACAUGUUUCAGAAAUGAAUCAUAUCUGUAGAACAAAUUUUUUGGAGGUUUGCUGAAAGUGAAAUAUUUGCUAUGCAAAAUACCUAGCAAAUUUAAAUUUUGCUUUAUUUUUGCAUUGGACCACAUCCUUGCUAAGACAGACGCUGUUGCCUUGUUAACAGAAUUUGAUUACAUGCUAUACCAAUGGUUUCUGGCAUUUUUUUUUUUUGGACAAAGGCACAUUUCAAUGAGCGUCAUAUUUCCUUACUAGAAAGAUAGUUAUUGCUGGGGAAUUGAGCAUCCUUGUUCUCAUGUAUUUGGCAAGAGAUGUAUUAGGAUAUAUGGUUUUGCCAUUUUUGUAAGUAGGCAUUAUGCAAAGCAGUCCAUAUUUAAAGGGUUACUAUAGGCACCAAACAAAACUUUAGAUGUUAGGUGUAAAAAUCAUGAUGCUACAGUGUAACAGCUCAAUUCUUUGCCAUGUAGGAGUUAAAACACUUUCUUUAUGCUGCCCUAGUCACACCUCCUUUCAUGCGACCUACAUGACCAUCCUAAACACUUCCUUUAAAAGAGAUCUAAUGUUUAAACUUCCUUUAUUGCACAGUCUGUUCAAUUUGGAGUUUAUCGCGUGCUCUGUUAAAGGAACACUAUAGCGAUAGGAAUACAAAAGUGUAUUACUAAAGCUAUAGUGUCCUUAUGCACUAAAAUGAUUGUCCGCCCCCGCCAAGUAAAGAGUUUAUAAAAAUAAACAAACCUUUAAACACUUGAUUCCACAGCUGAGGUCCCUUGGAGCUGGGUCGGGAUCCUCAUCCUCUGACUUCGGCAAACUGGGGGAACCUAAUGUGCACAGCUCAAUGCUUUCCUAUUAGUAAUAUACCUCCUCCCCCUCCCCCCCCCCACUAGAGGCAGUCUUAAAACUACAAUGCAAACAUUGCAGUUUCUCUAAAAUGUUUGCUGGAUUAAGGGAACAGCGACACUGCACCUAGACCACUUCAGUGAGAUUAAGUGGACUGAGUGCGUGUAGUGUCCCUUUAAAUUAGUAUUGUUUCUCAAACCUGCAUUAAUUUGUACUUUAUAAAGGUAAUUGGUUUCAAUAUUUCUGCCUUUAUGUAUAUGACCUCAGACUUAAAAAUCCACCCAGUGAGUGUAGCAAUGGACAUGACAUCAGUUCCUUCCAGUUAACCAUGCCUGAGGCUCUCUGAGAAGUGGAGAGACACACAAGUACUUUUAAUGCUAGGGGGAAACAUAGCUUCCUUUGGUUGUGUAUCUAUGUGAGGAGCUGCCCUUUGCCACAUAUUCCCCUCCCCCCCCUUAUAUUAGGUCUGUUAUAAAGAACUAGGAAAAGGAAACCAGGGUGUAGGUAAAUAUUGCACAGUAACCUGUAAAAGGCAAAUACAUUCUUUGUGUUUGGAUGGGCUUUUAUAAAUCCUCUCCUUCUUGUGUUGGAUGGGUAUUUUUAAAGGGUACAUAAUCAUCAAAGAGGCACACUGUUGGGUGCAGCGUACAAGCUUAGUUCCUCCUUGUAUUUGUAAGGUUACCUACUGAAUGUAAGACCUUCUACUACUGUGAUUUCUCACAUCUGUUUUCAUAUGUUUUUUAGGACCUUACUGGUAUUGAGUCAAUGGACCAGUGUCGCCAAACUCUGCAACAACAUAACUGGAAUAUUGAGGUACUAUUAGUAUGGUUGUAUAUGUAUAACUAGUUAAAGGAACACUCUGGGCACCAUAAUAACUUCAUCUAAAUUCUUGAAUGGUUUAACCCCAAAGUCUGUGUUCCAGCGCUGAAUCUCCCUGCCUCUCUGUCCUUCUGUUUUAUAAAAUUCUCUAAAACCGGUGUCCUUUUUUUCCACUGCUUAUUCAUAUUGUUGCUGAAUGACAAUAAAACUUUUUAAUUUACCACAAAAAAAUAAUUCACUAAAGCCAAAGGCUCUUUCAGAAUCGGGCAGUGGUGCUGCUGAUUGGCUCAGAGCUGUCACCUGAUGCUUUCAACCAAUCAGUAACUCCCCUUUCAUAAAAAUGGCUUGAAAAAGUAUGUUUCUUUUAAAGCUAGUUUUAUGGGAAUUCACUGAUUGGCUCAGAGCGUCAGCUGAUCAGCAGUACAGCUGACCCAUUCUGCUAGUUUUUGGUUUUAAGAGUAUUUUAGGGAAGGGCAAGGAGAUUCGGCGCUGGAACACAGACUUUGAGCUUAAACUGUUUGAAAAGGCAGCACUAGGGACCUCCUGGGACCAUAUCAACUCAAUUUAGAUUAUUUUUUAUUUUUUUUAUGGUGCCUAAACUGUCCCUUUAAAUUUAUACAUACAUUUGCAGAAACCUAGAGUCUGAGAUCUAGGUUUCAAGCACUCCGAAAGCUGGGGAAGUGGACUUGCUCUGUAUACCAUAACAGAAGAGUGAGCUUUUGGGGUUCUAAACAGCCUAUUAUCCUGACUCUCAGCACUGUGCGGAAGUAAUGAAAUGACAUGUCCUCCCUGUACUGUGAGGAAAGGUGUCACACUACAGCAAGGUGACUUCUGAUUUCUAUUUCUGUCUGGAUCUGUGGAGUUCUCAAAUUUUCUGUUACUGUAUAUCAUCCACCAGCAAUAUCUCUUCCACACCUCUGACAGUCUGUUUGUCUCUUCAUUUUAUUUUUUGCUUGCUUUUCCCCUGCAGGCUGCUGUUCAAGACAGAUUGAAUGAACAGGAGGGUGUUCCCAGUGUUUUUAACACCACCCCCAGCCGGCCAUUGCAGGUUAACACAGCGGACCAUAGAGUAUAUAGCUAUGUAGUAUCCCGACCACAGCCAAGGGUAUGUACAGUGGGAUUAUAGAUCUCAACAUUGGGUGCUCUUUCUUUGUGAUACCUUGUAAUAUGGGUUUCUUCUUAUAGGGGCUUUUAGGAUGGGGUUACUACCUGAUCAUGCUUCCAUUCCGCUUCACGUAUUACACACUACUUGAUGUUUUUAGGUAAGUUAUCUACAUUACCACGUAAGUUCAUUUUUUGCGUAAACCUCUACACCUCUACACAUGCAGCAUCUGCCUUAUUUCCAGGUUUGCUAUUCGUUUUAUCCGGCCAGACCCACGCAGCCGAGUCACUGACCCAGUGGGAGACAUAAUUUCUUUUAUACAAGUGUUUGAGGAGAAAUAUGGCAGAAUACACCCUGUGUUUUACCAGGGAACCUACAGCCAGGUAAGAAACUAAACUAUUUGCCUGUCUCUGUCAAACCAUGCAUUAUGUUGGAAAGUGCACCAAUCUCAAUGCGAUCUGUCGUGGAGGAAAAGAUGAUAUAAAAUAUAUUUUUAUAGAUUCAUUUUCUCUGCAGAGUUGCAAUUGUUUGAACAGGGAUUUUUAUAAUAACUGAUUAAAAUGCCAUCAAACUUUUCUUUAGGAUGGUGGAAUAGAUUCAAAUGAAAACUGCAGUAAAAGCACUUACAUUUUUACUACACCCUUAUUAAAGGGACACUCUAAGCACCAAACAGCUUAAGCUUCAUCAUGUGAUUUUGGUGUAUAGAUCAUGCCCACUGCAGUCUCACUGAUCAAUUCUGUGCCAUAAGUCACUUUGUUCAUGCAUUUCUACAAAGUUCCUGAAAAAUAGUUUUCAUGUUUUUUGUUUCCACUAUUGCACAUCGUUUUAAUUUAGAUUUUUUUUUUUAUCUCCUGCGCUGUUCAUAGCCUGCUAGAGCCUACAGCAGCCUCAUGUGGGUGAUUAAAUCUGAAGUUGAACAGAUCAGGAAAUAAACACUGUGCUGUAAAGUCUGAUUCAAAAUUAAACAGUUUUUUUUGGGAUGCAGAGUGUGAGUGAACAGACAGGGGAGAUGUGGUUAGGCCUGCAUAAAAAAGUGAUAUAAAUGCAGAUAAUUUAUCACUGGAGAUCAAUUCUCACGUUCUUAAAUAAAACCACCGUUUUUGCUUUUAAUCUAUUUACUAAGACAUGCUUAAUCUAGACAGUCCUUAUUCUCUUCUGUUUAUGAGAGUUAUGUGAUACUCUUACUUUUUCUAUACUUAGGCCUUAAAUGAUGCCAAACAGGAGCUGCGCUUCUUGUUAGUUUAUCUACAUGGUGAAGAUCACCAGGACUCUGACAACUUCUGCAGGUGAAUCUACGUUUCCUGGAAAAUGUCACUCAUCUUAGAAUACUUUCCUCACCCAUGAGAUAACUUCAACAGUAAUGAUAGAUAUCGUUCUAUUGACUGCUUCUUUUGUUGGAAUUUUUUUUGUUUUGGCUAGAUAGUAUUCGUUCUGGAUGAAUGUGAUGCUGCCAAAUCUUUAUGCAAAUCCGCUUUGUGUUGAGAGCUAGAUAUCUACUGUCGGUCUCAAUCAUUUAAUGAUUGGGGUUUUUUUUUUCUCUUUUUUUGUCACUUCCAUCUAGGAAUACACUCUGCACACCUGAGAUAACACACUUUAUCAACAGUAGGAUGCUGUUCUGGGCAUGUUCCACAAACAAGCCAGAAGGAUUUCGAGGUAAGCUUGUAUAUGUGUGCUUUUGUUAGAAAUGGUCAGCUGAUUCUAACAAUUUGUCUUUUUCUCCUUUUAGUUUCCCAGGCCCUACGCGAGAAUACCUACCCCUUUCUGGCCAUGAUCAUGCUGAAGGACCGCAGGAUGACAGUAGUAGGGAGACUGGAAGGUUUAAUCCAGCCACAGGACCUAAUUAACCAGUUGACUUUUAUAAUGGAAGCUAACCAGACCUACCUGGUGUCAGAGAGACUGGAGCGGUAUGCCUCAAAUGAUUUUUGCCUUGAUUUAUGCUCUAAUAUGUAUGUUAUUCAAAAAAAUAUGCUGGUAUAGUCUUCUGACACUUUUUAUUUCACAUAGAAUAGCAUAUACAUAUAACUGAACUUACUAUUUCCAAACAUGAAAAUCCAUACAUAAAAUCUGAUUUUUCACAGAUCAAAGAAAUAUUCCUAGACAAACAAAAUUAAAGUACAAUCAUUUUUACCUGGUUUAUUUCAGGUAAAGCAUGGUCUGCAAUCCACUAGACAAUAGCCACAGUGCUGAACCUUGCAGGACUAUUUUUGAGAUGUGAUGUAUCUGCUAUCUGUAUACUCUUCUCCCUGCAUUAUCCGUUUGCUGGAUCACUGUCUUUCAAGUUUUCUAGGAUAGUAUGUUGUAUGUAUGUUGUGUCCUUUACAGAUUACGGCUAUCACAAGGACUAAGAUAAAUAGCCUCUUUAUACUUGUUUGGAGUUACCCUGGGCAAACAUGAAAUGUUGGUUUUGCUUUAUGCCCAAAUCCUACACGUUUGAUAACCUCCAUUUGUUGGUUGUGAAUACAAACAUGUCAUUUUGAAACCAGAUGCAUAACUUGAUGUUAUCACAAGCAGACACAUACUAAUCUUUUGUAACUUCGUGUGUAUUAUAUAAAUCAAAGUUUUUUGUUUUUUUUUAAAUUAAACACUAAGACACGGUCCCAUUAUUAUUUACUAUAUUCUGAUAAUAGAUUUUACAUAAUAUAUGCAAUAAAAAUGCAGCAUAUCCAAAGGUAUUGAGUGCUGUACUGCUUCAAUUGAUGUUUAAUACUUGUAUUUAUAUCAUGCCUAGUAGAUAGUGAAGGCCUAUAGUUCUAGAAGCAUCUAACUCUUACGCACACUUAAAACUCCUUUGAAUAAAAUACGCCUGCUGUGAUUUUUAGGCUGUGAUUUAACAUCUGUUCUUCUUGAAUUUUCUGUGAAGUUUGACUACUAGUGUUUUGGACAUAUAACACUGUGAAGUGUAGACCCAACUUAUUCUACCUCAUUCGUGGUCAGGAUAGUGUAGUCAAAUAACAAAAUCUACUCUUUUCCUAGAGAGGAGCGAAACCAAACACAGGUGCUAAGACAACAGCAGGAUGAGGCUUAUUUGGCAUCCCUGCGUGCUGACCAAGAAAAAGAGCGCAAGAGGAAGGAAAAGCAGGAGCAGAAGAGGCGAGAGGAGGAAGAGGCACAGAUGAGACAACUGGCAGAAGAGAGGAAGAAACGGGUAAUGUCUGAAAUUUGAAACCGCUAGUUCUCUAUUGAUUGCAAUGUUCAUACAUUCCUUAUACAGCAGUGGCUGUUUUUUAUUUUAUUAUUCAAAGCGAAUACAACCGUGGUUGUUCUUACAUAUUUUUUUUAUUUUUAACUGAAUGAAUCACUUUGCAUCUUGUGCAUAUAACUCUGUAUCCCUUGCAAGUAACAUGCGAAGGGAGAAUGACAGCAGGAAUGAAGUGCUCGCUCCUCUGCACCUUUUUCCUUCAAAUCUUGGCAGAAGCUGCCAGGAUCCACAUUACCUUUGUACUCUCAUGCUUCAACAAGAGUACAAAUUGGAAAUUAUUGCAAGAGACCAUAGUACAAUGAUUUGCACUUUUUUGUUGUUGUAGGUAUUUAUAUGGCAAAGUAGUCUCUUUGCCACGUGUUCCUUUUUAAAACUUUUUUUUUUUCCUUUUCUUUUUUUUAAUGCUGGUAUAUGAAACCUAGCAUUCAAUAUAAUAUUGUUGAAUAAGCUUUCCAAAUUUAUUUUGUAUUUUUGGAUAAACUUUUAAAAUUAUUUAAUCUUUUGAAACACAUUUCCAUUUUGCAAUAUUUUGAUAUUUCCAUAUUUUUACAUAUGGUAUAUUUUUAUGUUUUAAUAUGUUGUUAAAAUCAUUUUAGUAGUUUAUCCAAAAAUAAAUGAUCGAAGGAAAGCUUCUCCAACAAUAUUAACCCCUUAACGCCAUUAUGGCAUUUUAUGCCGUCCCCAUUAUAAUGGGCUUUAAAGCCGUUGCGGCGUCAUAGAACGAUGUAACGGCUUAAGCCCUCAGGAGCCUCCAGAUACCUUCCCGGCGAUUUGCUUCGGGAGCACUGCCUGACAGCCCAGACAGCCCUCCCCUGGAAAAUCUGGCCCCUUAUAGCUGGCUGUGGAUCUGCCUGCAGGGGGACUGUCUAGGCUGUAACAAUCCCCCUGCUGAUGGGAAGAGCUAAAAAAAAAUAUAUAUAAUUGUUUUCAGUAAAAGUAAAUUUUUUUUGCGUUUUUCACAAACGAACUGCAGUUUUACUGGCGAUAUUGUUGUAAUAUGUUUUACUGUUUUGAAACACUUGUGUUUGUGUUCAGUUAAGUCUCCCAAGUAUAACAGUACCCCCCCAUGUACAGGUUUUAUGGUGUUUUGGAAAGUUAGAGAGUCAAUAUAUAAGGCUUGCAUUUCAUUUUUUUUCCACAUUGAAAUUUGCCAGUUUGGUAAUGUUGCCUUUGAGACCGUAUGGUAGCCCAGGAAUGCGAAUUAUCCCCAUGAUUGCAUACCAUUUGCAAAAGCAGACAACCUAAGGUAUUGCAAAUGGGGUAUGUCCAGUCAUUUUUAGUAGCCACGUAGUCACACUGGCCAAAUAUUAGUUUUUUUUCUUUUUUCAUACAAAAACAAAUAUGAAGGCUUACUUUGGCCAGUGUUUGUGACUAAAUGGCUACUAAAAUGCAGUAUCAUGACAUUUAAAGAUAAAAUGUCAGGCAGGACUACAAUUUUUUUUUUUUUUUGUAAAUCUUUGUUUUAUUGAAGCGUUUUAUGUUCAUUACAGAAGGGAAGAAACGGAAGAAUGAUAUAUCAGCGAAUUUUCAGACAUUUGCAAGAGCUUAUAUCAUAUACACAUUCACAUUUAUGUCUGCUUCAUUUUAUGUUUUAUGAGAUGUCGCUUUUAGCUCGCCAUGUGUGGUUAUGGUAAUGCACUAACAGUGUAGGUUCGCUCGGAUGCUUGACUGGGCACUUUAAUGAGAAAACAACGUAAGACUAUGGAUGGUCUUAAACGUGUGUUGAGCCGGCAAUUUAUAGGACAGGCUAAGGUCGUCGCUUAGCUAAUACUAUAUUGUUAUAUCAGUAAACAGGCUAGUCGCGUUGUCUCGGUUAAUGUCGCUGCAGCAUGUCAUCUAUUGUCAUAGGCUAGUUUUGUCUCGUUUCAUUCUUUCAUUGAGCACUCACGUGUUGAUUAAGGGGAGCGGACUAAUGGAGAUCGCAAGAACAACUGGUCAUAUCUCCGUGAGCGGAGUAGGUGUGUCACAUAAUGUUAAGCGCAAGCUAGUUGUAGCUAAUGUGCUAGAUGUGUGUAUGGUCUGACCCCCGGUCAGAAUCGGGGCCGGGUCUGCCGAUGGUCCACGUGUUUGUCGGGCUCUGUCAGGCAGGAUCGUGGAGUGGCGGCUGUCCACUCCACAAACCGCCAGGCGAGGUCCUGCCUGGUGCAGCAGGGAUCUCUCCUCUGAGGGACUAGAACUCCGGGAGCAAGCCUCUCCUCAGCUCAGGCAGCCUGUUCACUUCGUGGGUCACAGCUACAGGCAAGUAAUCCCCCCAAUAAUCUUGUUUUGUAAGCUUUGCAGGUUUCAUUUUGCAGGAGCUGUGCUCUCCUGCGACCGCUUGGCGGCCCGCCCCCGCCCCGCCCCCUCUUCUUUUUUUUAAAUCUUAAUUUCUCAGUUUUUUUAAUUUUAUUCAUAAAUUAUGUUUCAUAUAUGAAUAGUGCAUGAGACAUUAAAGCCCUGUUUCUCCUGAAAAAAAAUGAUAUAUAAUAAGUGUGGGUGCACUUAAUGUGACAGCGGUGAAUUACGGUUGAACAGACAUAUAGCGCAAAUUCUAGUUUUUGUUUACAUUUUGUUUUGAUCAGAACGUGUACUAUUGACUCAGUCCUGAAGGGGUUACAUUGAGCCCCUAGUUUUUUAAUGGUAAAGUAUUGCAUGUAUGCUUCCUGAACAAAACAUUUUGCAACACCAGUGCUUUUCAGCAAUCUGUAACUGAUCUUUUAAAUUCCAUUAUUGGGGAAGACAACCUAAACAUUUUCCAAAUGUAUUAAAGAAUACUCCUCUGCCCAAACUAUUCAUUAUUAUUAGUGUUCCUUUUAAGUUUUAUAAUUGCAUACAUAAUCAAAAUUCUCACAUCCCAGAAAACACAAUUAUCUAAGCCUCAAAAUCCCUUCACCUUAGUGAAGUAAUUUUGAGGCACAAAUGCUGUCCGUGCAAACGUGCUGCUGAAAUGAAUCUGUUUUAAAUGUUGAAAUGCCCACGACUCUGAGUUUUAGAUACAAGCUACUACGGCUUCCAGCUGAAAUACAUUUAAGUGAAAAAGUAUUAAACAUGAACAUUUAACCAAAAUUCUAUCAAUCAAUUUGCAUUCACUGGUUGCUUGCUAGUAAGCCCAUUUGUGUUGCCAUAAGUGGUAGGAAGUGGGAUACAGACUGUUAACUGGAGUGCCAGCUGCAAUAUCCUUAUUAUGAAAAGCCAGGGUGCUUGUUUGCAGAGAGAAAUUAGAAUUUUUAGUUUUUACCCACAGGAAUUUUUUUCAAGGGCACCACUUACCACCAGCUUGUUACAGUGUUACGGAAAAUAUGGAUGCCAUCUUACAAUCCGUAUUGUUUGUAUUAAUAGUUAGACCAUGCAAAUGACACGCUGUGAGCAUUAAGCUGUAGUUGAAUUUGGCUGUGAACAUUGACUGUUUCAGUCAGAUCCAAAUGAUUCUACAGGCAAUAGAUAUUAAAUUCCUCAUUGUGUUGCUGGUGCUUAGUAUGACACUAUUUUUUAAAAAAAUUUAAUCAAUUUUGUAGUUCGGUGUUUGAGAGACCUUAACACAAAUCAGACAAAUGUACUAUAGUGCUCCUUUAAUGCAUCUCUUUUCUUUUAUAGAACUUGCAGGAAGAGAAGGAACGCAUAUCUGAGUGUCUUCCUGCUGAACCCCAGCCAGACCAUCCUGAUACUUUGAAAAUUAUUUUCAAGAUGCCAAACGAUACAAGGGUGGAGCGGCGGUUCCUUUUCACUCAAUCGCUAUCGGUUAGUGGUCCUUAUAGGAGGCCAAUUUGUAGCAUUUUGCCGAGUCUUAUUUAGUCUAUUCUAAAAACUGCCUUAUUUGUGGUACAAUAAUUGUGGCUAAACAAACUCUAAAUUAAGCUAUCCUUGUAUUAAUUUGUAUUUGGAUAUACUUCAUAUGUUUUGGAUUUUGAUAUAUUUUGCCAGAUAGAGCUGGCAUAGAGUCAAGCACAAACAGUGCUUUAUUGUUUGUAAAGAUUAAAGGUUGUAGAAUUUGGCAUGUCAGGGUUGUGUAGGUGUGAUCAUCAUGAAUAACUCAAAAUUAUGUUUAAGAAGUAGGCAAUGCAAAGUAUUUUAAGUGGGCCAUGUCACACUUUAAAAAAAAAAAAAAAAAAUUUCCCCACACAUACGGCAUUGCAGUUUGUGCCAAUAUAGGGCAAUAACUACUAUUCAGAGUACAGAAAUACCCCACAAAUUUAAAUCUGAACCCCAAGUGGCAAUGUCACUAUCAGGAGUCUUGGCAAAUUAGUACAGCUGCCUUUAUGCAAAACAUUUGCUACCAAACCUGACAAUGCAAAUCAGUACUACUGUACUAAUUGCCUUAUUGUACUUGCAGUCUGUUUUUUGUCCAUUAGUUACUUUUGGUAGGCUGCGGGUCUGCCAGAGUGCAGAUAGCACUGUAACUAGUUACAUGGCUAUAUGUAGAUUAGGACGUUUCCACUAAUAUAUGGAGAUCAGAGACUUUUGUCAGGGCAUCAGCCAGUGAUCACAAAGUGCCCUUAGCAGCAGCAGAUCUGAAGGUUGUUUACACUGCUUACUAGCAAUACUCUCACAGUUUAAACGGAGCCGUUGCUGAUAGGGGAGAUAGAAAUAAGCCUAAGAUCGGUAAACUAUAUUUUAAAGCUUGUUUAAGCUUUUAAUUCAGCUUAAUGAAAUGGCUGAUCUGCAAACACUACAGUAGAUUGGUUUGAGAGUCUCGCCGUCACUGGCAGAUCUCUUGGAAAUAGCACUGUAACUUAAUGAGGUACAGCGCUAUUUGCACUUUGACUGUUUCACCAUAUACCUGUAAAUAUAGCAGAGGACUCACAUCUUACUAAAAGUAAAUCGAGCAAUUGGGACUAAAGGGGUUUGUCAUGUCUGCACAGCUGCAAUUGUAUCAUAUCUAGCCUCUGUGAAUAGUAAGAUUUUAAUCUUAACCCUUUCAGGACGGAGUCAAUAGUACACGUUCUGAUCAAAACUAAAUGUAAACAAAAACUGGAAUUUGUGCUAUAUAUGUCUGUUCAAUCGUAAUUCACCUCUUUUUAUAUUAAAUGCACCCACACUUAUUAUAUGUCAGUUUGUUCAGGAGAAACAGGGCUUUAAUUUUAUAUCAAAUAUUUAUAUAUGAAACAUUUAUGAAUAAAAAAAACAAACUGAGAAAUUUAAAAAAUUUUUAAAAACAAUUUGUAGUUCCUCCUCACGUUUUAGUUGUAAAUGUCAUAAUACUGUUAGCUUUUACUGAAAAAAAGCACAUUUUUGGAUUCAGCAAAGUCUCACGAGUACAACAGUAACCCCCAUUAACAGUUUUUACCGUGUUUUGGAAAGUUAAAGGGUCAAAUAUAGCACAUUCCAUUUUUCAGUUUUUUCACAUUGAAAUUUGCCAGAUUAGUAACGUUACCUUUGAGACCGUGUGGUAGCGCAGGAAUUAGAUUUUCCCCCAUGAUGGCAUACCAUUUGCAGAAGUAGACUACCCAAGGUAUUGCAAGUGGGGUAUGUCCAGUCUUUUGUAGUAGCCAUUUAGUCAUAAACACAGUUAGCAUUCAUAUUUGUUUUUGUGUGAAAAAAGCAAAAAACUAAUAUUUGGCCACUGUUUGUGACUAAGUGGCUACUAAAAUUUACUGGACAUACCCCAUUUGCAAUACCUUGGGUUGUCUACUCUGGCAAAUUUCAAUGUGAAAUAAAUGAAAGGCAAGCCUUAUAUUUGACUCUCUAACUUUCCAAAACACCAUAAAAACUGUACAUGGGGGAUACUGUUAUACUUGGGAGACUUCACUGGACACAAAAAUAAAUGUUUUAAAACAGUAAAACAUAUUACAACAAUAAUGUAGUCAGUAAAAGUGCCGUUCGUGUGUGGAAAAAUGCAAAAAAAGUCACUUUUACUAAAAAUAUUGUUGUAAUACAAGUUAACAUUUUGAAACACUAAUAUUUGUGUUCAGCGAAGUCUCCUGAGUAAAACCAUACCCCCCCAUGUACAGGUUUUAUGGUGUCGUGGAAAGUUACAGGGUUAAAUAUAGUGCUUGCAAUUCAAAUUCUCUGCACUUUCUGCCUGGGUUGUCGGGCAUGUCAAUCAAAUUUGAAUUAAUUAAAUUACAUAAUUAUGUUAAAAUAUUACUUAACUAUACACGUAGAAUUUUAAUUAAUAUAUGUGUGUGUGUGUCUUCGUGUACACUUAUGUAGUUAUUUGUGUGUGUAUAUAUAUUUAUCUAUCUUUGUAUAUGUAUGUAUAUGUGUGUGUGUGUAUAUAUUUAUUUAUUUGCGGUUAUUUGUAUUUUAUAUAUAGAUUGAUCUAGAAUGUCAUUCUAAGUGUAUUUUGUGAUAUAGAUAUAUAGAUAGAGAUAUAUAUAUAUAUAUAUAUAUAUAUAUAUAUAUAUAUAUAUAUAUAUAUAUAUAUAUAUAUAUAUAUAUAUAUAUAUAUAUAUAUAUAUAUAUAUAUAUAUAUAUAUGAGAUAUAUUGACAGACAGUCCCUCUGCUGGCAGAUCCGCAGCCAGCUAUAGGGGCCCCCGGGGGAGGGCUGUCAGGCAGUCCUCCCGAAGAGGAUCGCGGCGGUGGUAAGUAACUGAGCUUCUGGGGCUGAAAGCCGUUACGGCGUUCUAUGCCGCUGCAACGGCUUUAAAGUCCAUCUAAUGCGGGACGGCGUUAAGGGGUUAAAUACUAAAAAAAAAAAAAAGAGAUCACUCAAUAGAAUAACUCCUAAGAAAAUGCUUUAUUAAACAAUAAAAUGUAUAACAAACAUGAAACAUAAAAUAAAGUGACAACCAUAAGGCAAAGUAAACAAUGAUAAUUACCACAAUUUCCACAGGCCUAUUUUGGCAGAAAGACGAGCCACUAUUUCUGUUACAUAUCCUGUUCUUUUCCUUUUCUCUUUAUUGCUAUUUACAUUUGGUGGGUUUUCUCAUUCAUGACAGGGCGCGGGUGCACAAUCAUACAAUACAGUUACGCGUAUUGACAGCGGGACAGGGCUGGUUUAUUCACAUAGUGGCGCAUGCGCGUGUAGACGGUUCAUUUGUCUGCCAUCAGUACAUAUAAUAGAUAUAUAAUGGAUUUUUACGGAUGCGCAUGCGCGGGUCUGUUCAUGAAUUUAUCUAUUCAGGAUCUCACUAGUAUAUACAGUGAGUUUUAUUGGAAUUCCUGUCUAUGGGGUAUGGUUUAUUUCUAUUGAUAUGUUUAAGGGUAUGUUAUUACUGACCGAAACCGGAGGUGAUGUCACUUCCGGGGUCAGAUUAAUUCGUUCACUGAUGACUAUCAGCUGUAUUGGGAAAUAUAAGCAGAUACUGGUAAGCCAUGAUACAAACACCCUUGUUAAAGGCAGUCAGGAGGUGUUGAAACAUUGGGGGUUUUAUUGGCUUGUGUUUCUGCCAGAAUAGGCUUGUGGAAAUUGUGGUAAUUAUUAUUGUUUACUUUAUUUGCCUUAUUGUUGUCACUUUAUUUCGUGCUUCAUGUUUGUUAUACCUUUUAAUGGUUUAAUAAAGCAUUUUUUCUUAGGAGUUAUUCUAGUGUGCUAUCUCUUUUUGUAGUAUUUGAUUUUAUUUGGGCACUUGAGGGAGUAAUUUUGAGCAUUAGCACCUAGCGAUAUUAUCUCAGUCAUAUGGUCUCUCCAUACGGUCUUGUUAUAAGAUUUUAUCUUAAGUCAUGCAAAAAUGUAUUUGUUAUUAAUACAAGCAUCUUUUUCAGGUGAUUCACGAUUUCCUCUUCUCCCUGCAAGAGACACCAGAGAAGUUCCAGAUAGUGGCAAACUUUCCACGUCGGGUGCUGCCGUGCCUUCCCACCGAGGAAGUCCCUGUGCCUCCUACACUUCAGGAGGCUGGACUCAGCCGUUCACAGCUCCUGUUUGUACAGGAUCUCACAGAUGAAUGACAUUAAAUAUAUAUAAACAUAUAUAUUUUUUUGCUUCCCAACAAAAUUGGGAAUGAAGGAAAGAAAAAAGAAAAAAAAAAUGCAGGUAGGGAGAAAUGAGAUACAUAAUCUCAUUAAAAACAUUAUUUUUUUUAAUGACUGCUGCUACUGACUUUGGAUCCUGGUGACCUUGCCUAGAAAGGGAAGGGGGGGGAAGGCAGUGUGUAGCAGUGGCUUGUUUGUUAUUUUCCCCCAUUGGAAGGGGACAAAGGCCAAGUGACCAUGAACUGAAAAGUGCAAGGAGAUGUUGCAGGGUUCUAUAUGUAUUUUUUUUUUCUCUCAAACUGACAUAUUGUUCCUCCUCUGGGAGGGAACCUUGCAUCCCUCUCCACCAUGGCAAAAGAAGAAAAUCUCUACGGAAUUACCCACAUUCAUCCUAGCAGGUGGUGAUGUGGUAAACUGUUGUUGGGUGUAUUUUGUUUAUUUUUUUUGAGGAACAAGAGGAAUAUCAUUUCCUCAUACUGUAUAAAACACCCUCUUCCUUUUCAUUUUUUUUUUUUUUGCUUUCUAAAAGACCAAAGGAGAGAGAUUGGCAGCUGUCAUUGUACCUGAUACAAGCAACUUUCAACUGAUCCUGCGUGUAACUAAGCGUGUGUGAUGGAUCUCGCUUUGGGACAGGGGAUGAUUAUCAACCCCUUGUAGUGUAAUAAAGGCAAAAUAUAGUGACUGGUCUCCCUGCUUAGAUGCCUUCUCUCGUCACUAGUAUUCUGUAUGUCCUGACUGGACUAUAUUCCAGAUUAUAAUUUAUUCCAAAUAUAAAUUAAAACAUUUUAGAAUUUUGUUGUGUGUUAAAUGUAUACCUUAAAUGCUUGUGAAUGUGGAAGGGGCGGGGGAAGCAUAUAUGUGUGAAACAUACUUUCUGCACAUAUUGCUGUUGAGUCAAGUAAAUCUUUCCCCAAGUUUCAAAACUAUUCAAAACUUUCUCAAAUAUUGAUAUCAACA